UCCCGCCUCGUACCGGAAGUGGUAUGGGAUCAGAUUGUGACCAAAGCUUCAGUUUAAUAAUGUCUUCUGUAGACUAGUAAUUAUAUUUUGAGCGACUACAGAGGCGCGCUCAUUCACCAUAAUGGAACAUGUGCGGGGCAAAAGUCACCAUGUAUACGGGUGCUUUCCUUGUGAGCAGUGAUGCAGUUCCAAAGGGAGGUGUUCAUGAAGGAUUACAUGACGAUGCUGACUGAUCUGAUAGUGCUUUGUGUCACUCUGGCCAUAUCGCUGUCGUUCUGGGUCAUUUCAAUGACGGCCAGCACGUACUAUGGCACUUUACAGCCAGUUUCUCCGUGGCGCUGGCUCUUCUCAAUACUGGCUCCCUUGGUCAUAACAUCUCGUGCCAUUAAGAGGAACAGCCUUGAUCAUACUGGUGCACUGGCAGCAGUGCUGGUUGGAUUCAUUUUGACAAUGGCCAACAUGAGUUUUUUCUCCUCCUUGUUGGCAUUUUUUAUAACAUCUUCGAAGCUAACAAGAUGGAAAGGUGACAUUAAGAAGCACUUUGAUGCAGAAUAUAAAGAAGGGGGCAAGAGGAACUGGGUGCAGGUAUUCUGCAAUGGCGGUGUACCUUCUGAGCUGGCCCUGCUGUACAUGAUAGAAGCAGGCCCUGGUGAGAUCCCAGUGGACUUUGGGAAGCAGUACACUGCUACCUGGAUGUGCCUGGCCUUGUUGGGGGCGCUGGCUUGCAGCACGGGUGACACCUGGGCUUCUGAGGUGGGGCCUGUCCUCAGCAGGCACCCGCCGAGGCUCAUCACCACUUGGAAGGAGGUCCCAGCAGGUACAAAUGGUGGCGUAACCCCUGUGGGCCUACUGGCGAGCCUCUUGGGUGGGAUGAUAGUGGGUGUGGCUUACUUUGUCACACAAAUCUUAUUUGUCAGGGACCUGAACCUGGCAGCCCCUCAGUGGCCAAUCAUAGUGUACGGAAGUGCGGCAGGGUUCUUUGGCUCAUUGCUGGAUUCCUUCCUUGGGGCCAACAUGCAGUACUCAGGAUAUGAUGAAAGCAUUGGAAAGGUUGUGAACCAUGAGACAAGGACAGCGAAACACAUAAGCGGGAAGCCUAUUCUGGACAACAAUGCUGUCAAUUUGUUCUCUUCGAUCCUCAUCGCCUUGGUUAUGCCUGGACUUGCAUGGGGCUUCUGGCCAAGACAGUAAAACCUAAAUCACUUAAUGGUCACUAGAUGAAUGCUGAAAAAUCAUGUGAACUCUUAUAGAACGUCAGGAUAUUAGCUGAGAGCUGCACAGUUUGUAAGAACAGGAAACCUAAUGUUAGUCCUGUUUUAAAACAAUUAAAAAAGAUUUGAUGGAUUUUGAAUUAUAAGUUAAAGACAUAACCCUAGAGCAAAAGAAGUGCUCAUUUAAUUUUGUUCUGUUUCCUGUUUUGUCUCUUCAGUUUGGAAAUGGGGUUACUUCUUUAUUUUACAGUACAUAUAGAAAACAAACAAAAUUCCACUGUGCUUCAUAGUAUUAUACUUUUUGUUUUUAUAUGUUCCUUAAUGCUAGCGUAGCUCCUGAAGGAAUAUAACUCAGGUCUUUACUGACCUCUGAAAUUGUGCUACUUCCUGUUUUAAUACACCCAAAUGAAACUUUAGGUGAACUUUCUCUACUUUAAAUGUGAUCUUUAAUAACUAUUAUUUUGUAUAUUCAUUACUAAUGUGGUUUUUACUUUUAGACUUCAUGCUGAAAAACAUGGAAAAAAAUAGAGGACAUGGAGCUAUUUUAUUUUGGCUUGUUUACUUACUGUGAAAUUAUGAAAAUAUAGAAUGCUUGAAUUGCAUUCUAAAAUGUUAAUAUCGCAUACUGUGCAUACAUUAGUCUUUCACAAACAGCUAUUGGUUGUAUUUCAUGUAAAGAAUUUGUUCUGAAAAUUAUUUUACAGCUUACUAAGGACAUAUGUCAAUGUUUUACACCCAUUUUCCAAAUUUAUUGUCUGAGGGUUACAGAAUGUCCUGCAUAUAUUAUUUUCUUAGACAUAAUGAAAAACAAUAUAUUUAUUAGUUACAAAAUGUGUUAACAAUCAGUUACCUUUCUGUGUAUUGCACUGACAGUCUACUGAUGCAAGCAUUUUUUUCUUAUGACACAUAGAGCAUAUCUGAAGAGGUGACUGGACAAUGCCAGCUCCCUACCUUAAUGGUUUUUCAUGUAUAAUUCCUCCAUGUACAUGUUAUACAGCGAGUGAAUACAUCACAUCUUAUUGUUGUAAUGUGUGUACUGAGUUACCUAAAGACCAGGGCUGCCUGUAGCUGGGAAAAUUAUAUAGUUGUUUAGUGUUUUUCAACCAGGGUGACACAAGAUUGUCAGUAAUUUUGCACUUUUGCCUUGGUUUCAGUGUCUUAAUUACUGCCUUUUUUUUUUUUUUUUUUACACGAAAAUUAACUACCGUCUGCUUUACAUCAUUUUCUUCUAUACUUUCUCAACAUCUGUUAUUGGUUUUUGUUCUGACUUUUGUGAUGACUCUAUAGUAUUCACUGCAGUUUGUGUUUUUGGGGCAACUGCACCCAUAGAAAAUUGAGCAGGGGUGCCUCAGAAUAAAAUAUAUGACUUGAGUGCGUCACCAUAAAAAAAGUUAAAAACCACUGCUGUGAAAAUUUAAGAAGCUCCUAAUAAAAAAUAUACUAAUAAGCAAUUAACUCAUUUAAUAUCUGAACAUAUCCUUGGACUGUGGCAACUUUAUGGCAGGAGAAGAGAUUGCCACAUAAUCAAGUCCAUCUUUUGCAGGUUUCUUGGACCAACUUGUCUGUGUUUUACUGCUGUAUGCUCACAAAAACUAUUUCACCCCUCUCUCCUGGGUAUGCUGCACUUUGUGGUCAUAUUUGCAGUUGCUCAUAUUUCCACAUUAUUGUUGGAGAGAUUGCAUAAAUAACACCUAAAAUGUGCUUGUCACUGUAAUAGGGUAAAAUGGACUUUGAGUUCUUGGACAAGGCUGUGAUUUGAAGAGCAGUGUCUCAGUCUGUCUUUCUGUGUGCAGUUUCCUUUA